AAUAUAUCUUCAGAAUUCAGAUACUAGAGAAAAGUAGAGCUUGAGGGAAGGAAGGAAGGGAGGGAGGGAGAGAUGGGAAGAGCAUUUGUGUAUGUGAUUCUUGGGGGAGGUGUAGCAGCUGGGUAUGCGGCUCUGGAAUUCACAAGGAGAGGGGUUUCUCAUGGUGAACUCUGCAUAAUCUCUGAGGAACCUGUUGCCCCGUAUGAAAGGCCAGCCUUGAGUAAAGGCUUUUUACUUCCAGAAAAUCCUGCACGCCUUCCAUCAUUUCAUACAUGUGUUGGUGCUAAUGAGGAAAGGUUAACUCCAAAAUGGUAUAAAGAACAUGGAAUUGAAUUGGUUCCUGGUACUCGAGUUAAGUCUGCUGACGUAAGGCGUAAGACACUAUUAACAGCAGCUGGUGAGACUAUAAGUUACAAAAUCCUGGUCAUUGCAACAGGUGCUCGGGCUUUGAAGCUUGAAGAAUUUGGAGUAAGUGGAUCAGAUGCUGCAAAUGUGUGUUAUUUACGAGAUUUAGCUGAUGCAAAUAGGCUUGUCAAUGUAAUGCAAUCUUGUGCUGGUGGGAAUGCUGUUGUUAUUGGUGGUGGGUACAUUGGAAUGGAGUGUGCUGCAUCUCUGGUGAUCAAUAAGAUAAAUGUAACCAUGGUUUUCCCAGAAGCACAUUGCAUGGCCCGUUUAUUUACGCCCAAGAUCGCAAGCUAUUAUGAGGACUACUAUGAAUCAAAAGGAGUGAAGUUCAUUAAAGGGACUGUCUUGUCAUCAUUUGAAUUUGAUUCCAGUGGGAAGGUGACAGCCGUUAAUCUUAGAGAUGGAAGCAGGCUGCCUGCAGAUAUAGUUGUGGUUGGAAUUGGAAUACGUCCAAACACAAGUUUGUUUGAAGGCCAAUUGACUCUAGAGAAAGGCGGAAUCAAAGUGAAUGGACAGUUGCAAUCAAGUAACAACUCAGUCUAUGCAGUUGGAGAUGUUGCCACAUUUCCAGUCAAACUAUUUGGGGAAACCAGGAGGCUCGAACAUGUUGAUUCAGCCCGAAAAUCUGCUGGACAUGCUGUUGCUGCAAUAAUGGAACCAGAGAAAACUGGAGAAUUCGACUACCUCCCAUUCUUCUAUUCAAGGGUCUUCACUAUGUCUUGGCAGUUUUAUGGGGACAAUGCUGGUGAAGCUGUGCAUUUUGGUGAUUACUCAGGACACACCUUCGGGGCUUACUGGAUAAACAAGGGUCACCUUGUUGGGUCUUUCCUUGAAGGAGGAACCAAAGAGGAAUAUGAAGCCAUAGCAAAGGCCACUAGGCUCAAACCUGAAAUCGAAGACUUGAUAGAGUUGCAAAAGCAGGGUUUGGAUUUUGCAUUGACAGUUAGUCAGAAACCCCCACUUCCUGAAGCUCCACCACUCAAGGUCAGCAAUUCCAGCCUUGUUCUAGAGAGACCACUCUAUGCUUGGCACGCAACAGCUGGUGUUAUCCUGGCUGCGUCAGUAGCUGGAUUCGCAUAUUGGUAUGGGUGGAGGCGCAAAAGAUGGUGAAAAAAUAAUUUUGUUUGCAUCAGCUAUUUUUGCUGGUGCUGAUUCAGUCUGUAAUACCAAUAUUGUUCCAUAAUACAUAGCUGAUUAUCCA